AUGAGAUCGCAGGCGUCUACUGCCCUGGCCGCGGGGGUCAUUCUCAAAGCUCUCACGCAGCGCCCGAACUUCUACUCGGCCGCCGUCUACCUCUCGCAGUCCUCUGCCAACCUCAUGAUCCUGACCAACCUGCUCUUCGUCGUCGCCUGCACCUUCCUCCUCGGACUACAGAAACUCCUGUAUGGCAGCCUUCGGCCGAUCGAGAUUGAACAGCUGUAUGAGAAAGCAUGGUUCGCCGUGACCGAAACAUGUCUGGCCAUGACCGUCUUCCGAGGCGAAGUAGGCCUCCCCUUCCUCGCCAUGUUCUUUGCCCUCUUGACGGGCAAGGUCUGGGGCUGGAUCGGCGAGGGCCGAGUUGAAGUGCUGGAGCAGCAACCACCGCGCAAUCCACGGCUGUUCCAUACACGGCUCGCUUUGAGUCUCGGGUUGAGCGUCGCUUUCGACCUGACCAUGCUCGAAUACGUGGUCAAACAGGUCAUGAGGAUGGCUCGGCCAGACAUGAUGGUCAUGUUUGGUUUCGAGUUUGCCGUCUUGUCCGUCAUGAGUAUCAGCACUGCGAUGAGGUAUGCCAUUGACCUGGUGGAAAUCGGCAUCGUCCGCGAACAAAAGAGACUCCGCAUCGAAGAGAUCAAGAGGGAGAGAGUGCAGACAGCUGUGGCGGAGUUCCAGGAGGCGCAGAAUGCCGUGGUCACCGCCAGUGAUGCGGACACCCCGACGACACCGACGCCGACACAACGAACUCUGGAGCAGGUGUCCGAGGACGUCUUCAACCAACCGGUGGACGAGAAUGAGGUGGAGGUGGAAGGCUGGGAGGAGAAGGGCCGUUACAUGUUCUACCUGAACCUCACCACGGACUUCUUCAAGCUCGUCAUUUACCUGACAUUCUUCUUCAUCCUCCUUGUGUUCUACGGUCUACCCAUACACAUUUUGCGGGACGUUUUCUUGACGAUGCGGUCGUUCCUGAAACGAAUUUCCGACUUCAUUAAAUACCGAGCCGCGACCAGGGACAUGAAUGCGCGGUAUCCAGACGCGACGGAGGAAGAUAUUGGCCGAGAAGAUGUCUGUAUAAUAUGCAGGGAGGAAAUGCGGCCAUAUCAACCCCCAGUCGCCGAGCCUGGUCAACCACGCCCUCGGGGUACUCCGGUGGCGGAGCGGAUGCGGCCCAAGAAACUACCGUGUGGACACGUCCUGCACUUUUCUUGUCUGAGGAGUUGGCUCGAAAGGCAACAGAUCUGUCCCACUUGCAGAGCAAAUGUGGUCCGGAGUGGGAGGGCCCGAGGUGACGCGGGAGCGGCCGGUCAACCCGGAGGUGCGCGAGGAGGAGACGGGCAGGCUCGACCGGCGGGUAGACAAGGCCCACGGGUGUACCAGUUUGGACCGCUCCGAAUUGGUGUUGGCGCCGUCAGAGGGAACAAUAUGUUCGAAGAUCUGCAGCAACAGUUGGAGGAAGUGCGGCAGGCCGGGGGCCCCGGCCAGGCUCCAGGUCCUGCGGGUGACGAUGUCAAUGCUCCUCGUCAAUUUGGUAUUGGAUAUCGAUGGCAGACUGGUGCUCGGCGUCAGCGUACAGGAGAAGCGCAGGAUAUGACGACCCAAGAACAGCUUGACGCCUUGCGUGGCCAGCUUGAUCGUGAGAUGCACGAGCUUGCGCACAACUCGGCCGAACUCAGUGUGCUCCGGUCGAUGCAGGCGGAGAUGCAGCGACUGAGAAACAUCAGACCUGGGGAGACUCUGGAUCAUGCGAAUACAGAAGCACCGGGCGCCAAUCCGGCCGCGACUUUUGCUGCUGCUCCAGCUCCGGCACCACCUCCACAACCCAGUGGCGGUCAACGGGCUGCCCGGACGACACAAUUUCUGUCGGCCGGCGGUCCGCACGAGGUCAUCUACGCAGGAAGCGACAGGCUGCCGCCAGGCCUCACACUACCGGAAGGAUGGAGUAUCAUGCCUCUACGGUCGACCACCAUUGAGGGUCUUCGGCCGGCGUCGGCGGCGUCGGUGCGGAACCUCGCCGCGGGACUCGAGAUGAUGCAGAGACAGUUUCCAAACCAACACUUUGGAUGGUUUCCGCAGCCUCAGCCAUUCCAGCAUCCAACAGGACUGAAUGGAGGCGGUCAAGGACAAACAGCUACCUUUCACCUACAUCCCCAAGGCUUGCAGGAGCAACCCCAACCUCAUUAUCAACCUCGACCACAACCUCAACCCGCACAUCAAAACCACCCCUUAUCAGUAGCUGGAGCACAUCUUUUCCCGCCCUUGCAGCGGCCGGCUGAAAACAGCAACCAACAGCCCAGUGGUCCGACCGAGGCUUCGACCACUGUGCAACCCACUGUGAAUGGAGCAAGUGUGGCAGCCACACCUGGCCUUCCCGGUGUUGAUCGAGGCGUGUCUGAUGUGGCAGUACCUCCUACUACUCAAGAACCCCAGCAUUCACCUACUCUGUUUUCUAUGCCUCUACUACCCACUACCAACACAGCCGUGCCAGCUCCAGAACACCAGCAACCGCCGCCGUUCUCGCCUGGUGCUCCAGAAACCAGGGGACAAGGCCUGCCUGCUUGGGGCCGUGUCGCCAUGAGCAAUGGUGAGAACAGCACUACACAACCAGUGAAUGGUGGCAGCGGCGCGAGCACUGCCGAAGAUGCCGAGCCAAGUCUUUCGAGAACAGGGAAUGGCGAUAUCAGCCACACUGCAUUGGAUGAUGGCCACAGACACGAUGCCGAAGACGAGAAUCAGGGCCACGUCAGCGCUGCUUUCGCGUCUGACAGCGCUCUCUCUGAGCGACGUACUCCAGGUCCAUCUUCUGAGCAGUCGGCAGCGAAAGACAGGCACGUCACGGUGGAGGACGUGGUGGGUGAUCCCGACUGA